CAGACAGCAGACCGGCUGUCCCAAGCUGCGCUGAUCCGUCACUCUCCGGCACCAGGCUGGAGUCCGCCUGCCUCCCCUUUAUCAGCGGCCACCUGCCUCUCCGAGAAUAACACAGCAGCAUCAGAAAGCACAGGGCAAUUAAAAGCCGCGCAAAGGAAGGAAAUCAGCGAGGCGAAAAACUGACCGGUUUCUGGUGCCAUCUCACCGCCACACAGCCCCCUGUCCUGCUGGAGGAGAGGCUGCGGUGGAGAGCGUCUGUGCGCACUUGGUAACCUGCUGGGUUUGUUGUCGUUACCAGGAGAGGAGCGCUCAGCGACGGGACUCACUGCUGGUGUGAUUCUUAAACCGGGCUGCCCCCUCGGCGGAGACACUUGCAUGGAUGCACCAUGGCCACAUUUGUCUGCAGGAUUCAGUUUUUAGAUGAUACCGAUCCAUUCAACAGCACAAAUUUCCCGGAGCCGACCAGACCACCAUGUUACACCUUCAGGGAGGAUAUUCCUCUUAUCAACCAGAUUGCCGGCGUCCACCGGCUUCUCAAAGCUCCGCACAAGCUUGAUGACUGUGCGUUGCAGCUGUCCCAUAAUGGCACCUAUCUGGAUCUGGAGUCUUCUCUGGCGGAGCAGAGGGACGAGCUGGAGGGCUUUCAGCAGGACGACACGGGGUCCAGAGGAAAGAAGCACAGUGUUAUUUUACGGACCCAGCUGACCGUCCGUGUACAUGCCUGCAUUGAAAAACUGUACAACUCCAAUGGACGUGACUUGAGAAGGGCGCUGUUCUCUCUAAAGCAAAUAUUUCAGGAUGACAAAGACCUGGUCCAUGAGUUUGUGAUGGCUGAAGGUCUGACAUGCCUCAUCAAAGUGGGGGCAGAGGCUGACCAGAACUACCAGAACUACAUACUCAGAGCUCUCGGGCAGAUCAUGCUUUACGUGGACGGGAUGAACGGUGUCAUUGGCCACGCUGAGACAAUCCAGUGGCUGUACACUCUCAUUGGGUCAAAGUUCCGUCUGGUGGUGAAAACGGCUCUGAAGCUGCUGCUGGUGUUUGUGGAGUACUCUGAGGCCAACGCCCCGCUGCUCAUACAAGCCAUCACCACGGUGGACACCAAGAGAGGUUGCAAGCCAUGGUCCAAUGCCAUGGAGAUCUUAGAUGAGAAGGAUGGAGUGGACACAGAGCUGCUGGUCUACGCCAUGACCCUCAUCAACAAGACGCUGGCGGCGCUGCCAGACCAGGAUUCUUUCUACGACAUGGUGGACUGUCUGGAGGAGCAGGGCAUGGAGACGGUGUCCCAGAGACACUUGGGACGGAGGGGCACUGAUCUGGACCUGGUGGAGCAGCUCAACAUCUACGAGAUGACCCUGCGCCACGAGGACGGCGACGACGACAGCCUGCCUCCGCCGGCAGGACACCGGGACCGCCGCCGAGCCAGCCUGGGGGGCGGCGACAAGAAGCGCGGCCUAGAGAGGAGGCGAAGUCGCAGAGCCUCUCUUGGCCGGUCCGGUCACGCCUCGCCCUGCAGCCCCGCGUCGCCACAGAGAGCCGGCUUCCACCCCUUCAGCGGACAGAGGGCUGAGGACACGAGCGAGAGCCUGGCUAGAAACCAUGCAUCCAGCGUUCACAGAACAACUCUCCAAUCCAUCACCAUCGCCUCCAGGAAGGAGGACAAACUGAAAGAGGAGGAGCUCAGGAAUCGGGCUGAGCCACCGGCCCCAAAACCACCAGCACCACCGGCACCACCAGCACCCACUCUUCAGUCUCUUCAGUCCAACUUCACCCAUCCCACCUCCCUUCCCAUCUCCUCCCCUCUCAGCCCACCAGCCCAGCCCUCCCUCCUGGCCACCCUGCUGGCCAGGAAGAGGACCAUGGUGACCGUCCCAGCCACCAAGGAGGUCAGCCCCCCACUGCGGGGCUCGUCUCGUCCCUCACCUGACUACCUCCCCUACCUGCCCCACACCCCCUUCCACCUCUUCUCCUACGACAUGGACGAGGAGCCUCCGGCCAAACCCAAGGAGGAACUGCCCAAAACGACAUCUCCGGCGUCUCCCAGGAACGGUGGUCCCAUGUCCUACUCAGCUCACAGCGGCCCCACAACACCCACCAACUCCAGGCCUGCUCUUGGAGGUCUCCUCUCUUCCUCGUACCGACAACACCAGGAGUCUCUGGCGGCCGAGCGAGAGCGCCGCCGUGUGGAGAGAGAGGAGAGACUGCAGAGGAUAGAGAGAGAGGAGAGGAACAAGCACAGCCGUGACUAUGUGGACAAAAUGGAGGAGGCCAGACUUGCACGGGAGGAGAGGUACAAGAACGUGGAGCGCCUGGCCGCGGAGGAGUACGAGAGGGACCGCGUCCGGGUGUCGAGGGCUCGCCCUGACCUCAACCUGACCUUUGAGCCGGCGGAGGCCUGGCCCUCGUCAUCGCGGAGCAGCACGCCGUCCUCCUUCGCGUCCCAGGAGGAAGCGGACGCCGACCUCGAAGCCGAGACCCCCGUCACUCCCAACACACCCUCCGAGCCCGGAGAUGCAGAGGACUCCUGCGCCGGCGUAGAAACGGAGGAGAAGGGAGCGGAAGCCCCCGCUGCAGAGGAGGAGGACGAGCAGAGAGAGGAGGAAGGAGAGGGGGAAGACGAGGUGCCGGAGGAAACGGCGGCAGAAAAGGAGGAGGAAGAGGAGGAGCAGGAGGAGGAGGAGGAGGAGGAGGAGGUGCAGCUGGAGAAGGAGCGGGAGGAGGCGGAGGAGGACAGCGGGAUCCUGAGCGACAAGGAACGACAGAAUGAGGAAGUGAAUGAGAAGGACAACUGCUCGGCCUCCAGCAUCUCCUCGGCCAGCAGCACUUUGGAGAGAGAGGAGAGGGGGAGCAAUGAAAAUGGCUUUAAGGAGGCGGAGGUGAAUGAGCAGUGCAGCAAACUCCUCAACAGCAAACUCUUCAUGCUGGACAUGCUGUACUCCCAGAGCAAGAAACCGGGCGACGAGGAGGAGGAAGAGGAGGAUGGGGAGAAGGAUAAGGAGAAAGCAGACGGGGAGGACGGAGACGUGACUCAGAAGGCCAACGCACAACCCGAGGACGACCAGAGCAACGACAACAGGGAUGACAAGUCGGAGCACCGCAGCAACAUCCGGGCGUUUGCCGAGCGCUUCGGGAACUUGGUCAAGGAUCUCGGUUCGCCCCACCCUCUCAUGGACGCCCCAGCCAAUGAGCCUCCGCCUCCUCCGCCCAAGAAGGAGUCAGAUACGAUCUGGGACCAGCUCCUGGCCAGUCCUCGAGAGCUGCGCAUCGGGGACAUCAACUUCACUGACCUGACUGAGGAGGACGACAAGGACACUCUUGACACUGGUUUGAUAGGAGGGUGCGGCGAGCCCCCGCCGCCUCCACCUCCCCCGCCCUUCAUCCCCCACUUGCCUCCGCCGCCAAUGCUGGGCAGCUGCCCCCCUCCCCCUCCCUUGAUGGGGAUUAUGAGGCCUCCCCCUCCUCCCUCCUUUAGCGCCCCGGUCCCAGCACCUCCUGCCCCGGAGGUGCCUCUCUUCCACAAGAAGAAGAAGACAAUCAGGCUCUUCUGGAGCGAGGUGCGUCCGUCGGAUUGGCAGUACAGGGAGUACAGGCGAAGUGGAGACUCACUUUGGUCCAAACUGGAACCAGUAAAAUUGGACACGGGCAAACUGGAACAUCUGUUUGAGUCCAAGUCAAAGGAAAUACCAGUCACCAAGAAAACAGCAGCAGACGGCAAGCGUCAGGAAAUAAUUGUCUUGGACUCCAAGAGGAGCAACGCCAUCAACAUUGGCCUGACGGUUCUGCCUCCUCCCCGCACGAUCAAAACCGCCAUCCUCAACUUUGAUGAGUAUGCGCUCAACAAAGAGGGCAUAGAGAAAAUCCUGACGAUGAUUCCGACGGAGGAGGAGAAGCAGAAGAUCCAGGAGGCCCAGCUGGCCAACCCUGACGUCCCGCUGGGCUCAGCAGAGCAGUUCCUCCUCACCCUGUCCUCCAUCAGCGAGCUCUCUGCCCGGCUCCAGCUCUGGGCCUUCAAGAUGGACUAUGAGGCCACUGAGAAGGAAGUGGCAGAGCCACUGCAGGAUCUGAAGGAGGGGAUGGAACAGCUGGAGAAGAACAAGACGCUGCGCUACAUCCUAUCCACGCUGCUCGCUAUCGGAAACUUCCUCAACGGAACCAACGCUAAAGGUUUUGAGCUGACGUACCUGGAGAAGGUUCCAGAGGUGAAGGACACGGUCCAUAAGCAGUCUCUGCUGCACCACGCCUGCUCGGUGGUGGUCGAGAACUUCCCUCAGAGCACCGACCUCUACUCCGAGAUUGGAGCCAUCACACGAUCCGCUAAGGUGGACUUUGACCAGCUGCAGGAGAACUUGACUCAGAUGGAGCGGCGCUGCAAAGCCUCAUGGGACCACCUGAAGAUGAUCGCCAAGCACGAGAUGAAGCCCCAGCUUAAGCAGAAGAUGUCCGACUUCCUCAAAGACUGCGCCGAGAGGAUCAUCAUCCUCAAGAUUGUCCACCGCAGGAUCAUCAACAGGUUCCAUGCAUUCCUGCUGUUCCUCGGACAUCCGGCCUACAGCGUGAGAGAGAUCAGCGUCCAUCGCUUCAGUAAAAUCCUCAGUGAGUUUGCGCUGGAGUACCGGACCACCCGGGACCGCGUGCUGCAGCAGAAGCAGAAACGAGCCGACCAUCGCGAGCGCAACAAGACCCGCGGCAAGAUGAUCAUGGAUGUCAACGCACCGUGUGGUCGGUACGGCUCAGGCAGUGGCAACAGCGCCCCUAGUGGCAGCCAGGAGAGUGAGCAGGCACAGGGUCUGGGCCAUGCAGAGGACGCAGUGGAGCAUGAGCACAUGAAAGCCGUGCUGAGAACCAGCCUCAAUGGCAGCGACAAGGAGGGGACGGGAGUACCGGGACUUCGGACACGGACCAGGUCACGGCCUGGCCGGGGAGGUCGCAGCAUGCAGGCGUUUACACCAGCUGUGGAGGAGGCUCAGAUCUGUGGGGAGGACGCUGCCGAUGAGAUCAUGGAGCGAAUCGUGAGGUCAGCCACUCAGGGUCCGGCAACCAGAGCCCAGCCACGGGAGAGGAGGAGGUCCAGGGCCAACCGCAAGUCCUUGAGGCGGACUCUGAAGAGCGGUCUGACCCCGGAGGAGGUUCUCGCUUUGGGGCUGGCCGACGCUUCAGAUACGUAAAUGCGUCUGCGUUGCCGUGGAAACACUCCCCUUGACACUGCUGCAACAUCUCUGUCAGCUCUUUGCCUUCGCCACGCUUGACAUAACUCCGCUCAGCAGCCAGUCAGUAGUCCUGUAGGUUUUUCACCCGCAGCAAAUCCCACAUUUGGUUGAGCAUGUCAGAUUGAUGAAGCUGCAGCUGUGAUAGUGGUUCUGGAUGCGAGGCACCAGAAAUGGAAAAGAAACAAAUUUCAUCAUUUCAGUUGAUGCUGCCUCAAGAUUGAAUAGGAUUUUUUAACAGUAUAUUUUAAUCAUGUUUUUCGCCACAAAGGGAUGACAUUUACUUGUGAGUUUCUGCUGCCCUGACAUCAUUUUUCAUUUAUUUAAGCUGUGAACCUGGGUUAUGGAGAAUAAUGGACAGUGGCCGGGGUUCUUUUGGGGGCGUUUUCUUCUCUCAUACAAUUUCAGACAAUCCCAGGGGUCGUCCACUUGAACAAAAAGACUUUCACAGAUUUAUACUUUGUUUGCAAAGCGCAACUUUUUGCUUCUGCAGCUGCACACGAUACAGUUUGAAGCAGAGAUUUGACAAGUGUGGUUGUGUUUCGUAGGAAUGUGAAAGGUUUUCAAUCUGAUGUGUGCCUUUCAUUUUACAGGGACAGCACCGUACCUUUUUGCCAUUUCUCUUAUAUGUCAUUCACCUUUCAGUUACAUUAAUUUUCAGAGGUGUCGGUAGUUAAGUCAUAACAAGCUCAUGUGAGUGUUGAAUAAAUGUUUUAUUUACUUUUUUUUUUAUUUUGGCAAAAUGGUUUUACCUACUGUCUAAUUUAUUACAAAACACAAACACUCAUUUUUGUUACCAUGAGACGUGUGAAGAUCUUGCACCUUUCUUGUAAAGAUACACAGUCGGAAUGGCUGGUAUAAAAUAUGGAAAAAGGAACACUACGUUUUUAUCUCAGAGGAACUGUUUGUAAAUUGUACAAAAAAGUAAAGAAAAAAAUUAUUGUAAAACCUUAUCUUGAAGGACAAGCAGAGAAUUCUGCAUAAAAUGUGUAAAUGCCCUCAUCAGCUGCGAAGUACUAUGAAGUACUGUAGUGUGCAUGUUUAGAGUGUUUCAUGUUUUGUAUUAUUUUUGUAAGUUCUGUAGAAACUUGUAUUAUAGUCUAAGAGAAAAGGUAAAAAAAAGAAGCUAUUCUGUGAAUUGUAAUUAAAGAGAAACAAAAGAGGGCGUGGUCAUAUAGCUGAGAUACAUCCAGUCAACAUGUUGCUCCUUGUUGAGGGAAGGAAGCCACACCGUUGGAUUGGAAAGGCUCCUGUGUUUUGUUUUGCUUUUAACUCUGUGGUCAUGCUGUACUUUAUAUGAACUUGAACAGGCUGUGGAUAAUAAUAAUAUCUGGUUAAUAGACAACUCCUUGUGUCCCAGUUGGAGAGACGGGUUCCACUCUGCUGCUUGACACGGUGCAGCAGCAGCAGCCGGGAAACAUCACGUCCAAAAUGUCAUGCAGUGAACUGAACAUGAAACCAUUGUUGCAUUCACUUUCACUUGAAAUGCUAGAAUAUACACGUACUGCAAUUAAAAAAAAAAAAAAAAAAAAAACAGUAAGUGAAAAGGUGGAUGUGCAAGUCAUUAUUUUGUUCAUGCAGUAAAAUAGCAGCCGGUGUGUUUUAGACAGUAUGUCAUGAUCUGCUCCAAGGACUCCAACUCGAUCAGCGCGGCCCUGUGGAGAAAGUUCCUCCCCAGCUGCUGCAGAAAGAAGGGACUUCUCGUGUAAUCGAGUGCAGAGAAUCAUCCUUGCAGUUUGCAGUGGACUGUGAUCCACAAAGCAGCACAGCUGUUUGUUUCCCCAGCUGUCUGAUCUGGCAAAUUAUAACACAGUUUGGAUGUGACAUGUCAUUCUUGCAAUAAAUUCUGGGGCUUUCUGUUCA